GGCGCGUGUGGAUGACGUCCAGGGGCGCGCCCGUGACGUCAGAGGGUCAUGGCGUCCGCGGCGUUGGAACCCUGGCAGGCUGCGGCUCUGCGAAGGAAAAGACGCUCAGCGGAGCGGCGACCGCGGGGCAGGGAGGUGGCCCUGCGGGACCUGGAGGCCCAGCCUGAGGUGGACUGCGGAGUUGUGCUGCGUCGCAUCCGGGAGGCCGGGAAGGACCUGCUUCUGUCUGAUUUCUGGAGUCUGGCACUAGAAACCAUCAACAGUUGUCUUACAAAACAUCUGGAACAACUGAAGGUCCCUGAGGGGACUCUUUCGGAAGCUCUCAGAAACCUGCAUCUUGACUCCUCGCCAAAUGAGUCUGCUGUGACACCUGGCUUCAUCACAGGGGAGAACCAAGUCCCAGGAACCUGCUGUUGGAAGUGUGUAUGUUAUGGCAUUGGAAACUUUGCCACCUGUGUCAUAGCUAGACACCAGCUCACAUUUCUGCUUCUCUUCCUGGAAAAGUGCCAGAUCCCCAGGAGGCACUGCUGGGUGUAUGACCCUCUGUUUAGCCAGCUAGAAAUUGCAGUUCUGAAGAGCCUUGGUGUGACUGUUCUCAGUGAGAACGAGCUCCUGGUUUUCUCCAGAGGUGCUGCUGUCACGGAUGUAGACGUCAGUCUAAGGCGUGUGGCCUGGCUUGGUACACAGGAAGGAAGACGGAGCAUCCACGGCGAGCCCACCAUCUUCUACAUGCCCCACUGCGGCACAGCCCUAUACAACAACCUUUUGUGCAGUAACUGGUCAGUGGAAUCCCUUGCCAAGAUGCUCAUCAUUGGGAACAGCUUCAGAGGACUCGAGGAGAGAUUGCUGGCAAGGAUUCUACAGAAAAAUUAUGCCUACAUCACAAAGGUUUUAAAAGGACUGGAGGAGCUUGAGCUGCCUGAGACUUCACAGUACAUGGAUGUAUUUAACGAUACCUCCAUCCACUGGUUCCCUGUACAGAAGCUACGACGACUCCCCACAGACACUUGGGCUUUCCGGGAAGAACCAGACUACCAGGACUGUGAGGACCUUGAAAUCAUCAGGAACAAGAGAAGAGCUCCCUCAGCUGCUGACCAGAACUUGCCCUGGCAGGGCAGCUGUCCCCAGAGAUGACAGGGAGGGUGGCCGUGUGGGGAGCACCUUUCUUUGUGGCGGGCCAGACUCGAGAGCCCAGAAAAUACACAGUGUGGUUCUCCUCAGCAGAGGACAUGCCACGGAAGGGCUCAGUGUAAAGACUGUCACGCCUUAGCAUUAGCAUUAGGUUUUGUCAUUUCUUGCUGACCUGACCAGGGAUAUCCAUGGAUGGAGAGUAACUAUUUCAGAGGCAGUUUAAAAUCCCGUUUAUUCAUGACCAUGUCUCCUCUCGGGUGCAAGGUCCAGCCUUCCCCCUCUACUUGGCCAUGUCGAUCAGGCUCUGCAGGGAGGUGGGCACCCAGGUCUUCUCACCCUGGACAAACACCACUCCCCGGUCGAUGUAGAUGACGAUGCGGCCAAAGGUGUAGAGCUGCUUCCCUUCGUGUCGCUUCCCGAUGACUGGCAUGAAAACAAUGUUGUGCUCCUCAGCCUUGGUCUCAAUGAGGUCCUUAAAGUUCAUGGGCACAGUGCUGGCAGCCACGCCGAUGCCCCGCUGGGCCAUGUUCUCAGCCUCCCGUCGCUCCUGCAUGGCCUCGUACUGGAAGUCCUUCCUCCGCUCCGUGUGCGUGAGAAACGGUGCUUGGAACCAGGAGCCCUCAAGUGGAAUCCUCACUCACCAACAUUGGAGGACACAGCCCUAUUCAUGAUGUCCAAUGCUUCAUUAAAUUUGUCCUUGACAGAUGGGUGUGCCAGCACUUGGUCUGAGAACAUGGACUUCCAACCCAGGUACCACUUGGUGAUCUCCUCAUAAUUUGGGCUGUUACUGAGCCAAGAGCACAGCACCUGCCAAAAAGAAACAAAUCGGACAUCUGCAUCCACAAUGGUGGCACAUGGGAGCAAAGCUUCCUGUUUGUUUUGAUCGUGGUCCUACAAGGAGAUGUGUGGAGUUUACAAGGGCUGAACAGAAGCUUUCAGAGUAUGACUCCCCACGUGACUCCAAGAAUUUGGAGUCCGUUUGCCAGCUAAGCUCCCUUGAAUGUAAACUCACCAAACCUCAGCCCCUAAAUGACAGGGCUGUGAUGGUCCCCCACAAAGGUGUGGUGUGAGGAGUGGAGAGAACCACAUGAAAUGCUUCGCAUCUGGCUCAUGGCAUAUGUUCAGUAAGUGGUGGCUGCUGGGAUUACUGCUUAUUUUUGUCCUGUGUGAUAGCUUUUGACAGUUACCCAGGGAUCAAGCCCCUGCAGUCUGACCUGGGCAGGAAAUUAAGUGUAAUCUUCCCUACCUCCAUUCCACUCCCCUGCCCCCCCCCCCCCGGAAGCUGCCCCAAAACCACAGCAGAGCAGGCUAUACCUGAAGCCACUUGGGGAAGAAGUGCUUCUCGAGCAGCCCUACCAGGCUAGACACAGAGAUCAUGCCUUCCCAGUCGAUGACCCAGUAAAACGCAUCCAUGUGCUGCUGGUGGGGGUUAAUGACCAAUUCCCCAAGACACAUCCCUGCAAAAGCAACCCAGGCUUUAAGGCAGAGUCCCAGAAGCACAGAGCAAAAUCCUUAUCAGAAAACACUGGCCUAAAUUUGCUUUUAUCCAUCAGUUUUAAGUCCCUGACAUGCCAGUUCUUGAAAACCCUUUUCGUCUCUAACCCAGAAACAAUAAAUACAUAUUUAAAAUCAAA